GGUCCCCGCCCGCCGCCGCGCGGCCCCGGCCCCGCCCCCGCCCCGAGGACUCCCCCUGCAUACGCGGCGGCGGGGGGCGGGGAAGUGGAGGUUUGACCCUGUUCGCACGCCAUCCGAGUGCGAGGGCUGGUGGGUAAGGCAAGAUGGCGGCCGUGGUUCGGUGCCGUCGGGCUCCCCGUGGCCUCUUGCUGCCAAGGGCAGGCCCUGGCAUUUCUGUGUUAGCUGCAGCACCAUCUGUAUUGCAGCAGCAUCGCCAAGUUCAUCAUGCGGUGAUCCCUCAUGGAAGAAGUGGACGGUCCUCUGUUAGUGGCAUCGUGGCAACUGUCUUUGGGGCUACAGGUUUCCUGGGACGAUAUGUUGUCAACCGCUUGGGUCGCAUGGGAUCUCAAGUAAUCAUACCCUAUCGUUGUGAUCCGUAUGACAUCAUGUAUCUGCGGCCGAUGGGUGACCUGGGGCAACUUCUCUUCUUAGAGUGGGACUGUAAGGACAAAGACUCUAUCCGAAGAGCCGUGGAACACAGCAAUGUGGUCAUUAAUCUUGUUGGAAAAGAAUGGGAAACAAAAAACUUCAGUUUUGAAGAUGUAUUUGUAAAUAUUCCAAAAAAUAUUGCACGGAUAAGUAGGGAAGCUGGUGUGGAAACACUCAUCCAUGUCUCUCACCUGAAUGCUAGCAUGAAGAGUCCUUCUAAAUACCUUAGGAAUAAGGCUGUUGGAGAGAAAACAGUGAGGGAAGAAUUUCCAGAUGCUAUAAUUUUGAAGCCUUCUGAGAUAUUUGGAAGAGAAGAUAGAUUUGUCAAUCACUACAUAAACAUGCGCUCGUUUGGUGGUGUGCCUCUUAUUUCUCUGGGCAAAAAAACAAUGAAGCAACCAGUAUAUGUGGUUGAUGUGGCAAAGGCAAUUGUUAAUGCAAUUAAGAAUCCUGAUGCUAAAGGAAAAACAUACGCCUUGGCUGGGCCUAACCGGUACCUCCUGCAUGACAUGGUAGAAUACAUCUACGCGGUUUCUUUUCGAACCUUUUUUUGCUACCCACUUCCACGUCCGUUCUACCAUUUAAUUGCAAGAUUCUUUGAGAUUAGUCCAUUUGAACCAUGGUUAACACGGGACAAAGUGGACCGGUUUCACACAACAGAUAUGACGUUUCAUGACCUUCCUGGUUUGGAAGACCUGGGAAUUCAACCAACAUCUCUAGAACAAAAAGCAAUUGAAAUUCUGCGCCGUCACCGCAGAUUCCGCUGGUUGGAUGCUGAGCUGGAGGAAGCAAAACCAGCUAAGACAUAUCCAGUGUAAAAGAGUUGAGAAGGUGGUUACUUAAUGCUUCUUAGACUGCCUUUUCAUGACCCAAUUUGUCUGGAGAACUGUGUACAUACGAAGUAAAAUAUAUUAAAAUAUAUUCACCAGUGUUGUCUUUUUAAUUAUGGAAGACUGCCAUUGGAAUGUGAUUUUUCUCUUUAAAAGCUGAAAGCAGAUUUUCAUACUGUUGCUUAGCCCAU